GAUUCCAUUACAGAUGGUUGAGAGCCACCAUGUGGUUGCUGGGAAUUGAACUCAGGACCUCUGGAAGAGCAGUCUCUUACCUGCUAAGCCAUUUCUCCAGCCAACUUACCUCUUUAAAGGUCUUUUUAAAGGCAGAGGCAGGCGGAUCUCUGAGUUCAAGGUCAACCUGGUCUACUGACAGGGCUACCUGGAGAAACCCUGUCUGGAAAGUCCAAAAAAGUUUAGUUUAAAUGACCCCCCCCUCUCUUCCCCCCUCCCCCCUCUCUCUGUAUGUGUGUGAUUUGAGAGGUAAAAAAAAAAUUGUCACAAAAUCCUGUCCCCUACCCUUUCCAAAUAGAGGCUAAGCAUCUUUCUGUAACCUAUGCCCACAUCCUGCCUUCCGUAGCUCCCUCACCUGUUAACUUCACACUGACACAUCUAUCCUCACGACAUGACCCCCUCCCUUCAGUAUGCUCCCCUACUCUAUACUAAACAUGCACAGUCUGCAAGGACUACCCAGUGACUCCUGGGAGCAUGAAUCCGAAUGAACUCCAGGCCUCAGGCUGCCAAGAUGGGUCUUUGGGAGGUGGGAAGGGCAGCUGAAAGGGCUCCCCUUGUGUAGGUGCUGUCUCUCACUGUCGGGUUGCAUCCCUGUCAUCUCUAAGGGCAGAAGAAAGAACGCUCAACCCAGAACUGAGACGGGGCUAGGCUGGUUCUUGGGGUCUCCUGGGCGCUGGAUGGGUGGGUGAGGUAUGUUGGCCAUCCAGUGCCUCUGUCCUCACCAGUGGUUGUGUAAAUGCUUCGCCUCCCUUGCGUUCAUGUUCAGAUCCAUGUAUCAUUGUUCUUAUAUUGCUCAGAUGUAGCCAGUGAUCUGAGGUUUCUUUACUUACAGAUGUAUCCAGGUAAGAUCAACUCAUUUUUACCUUUUGAGACUCUGAGCUAGCUUUGACCCCAGAGCAAUCCUCCUGACUCAGCUUCCUGAGUGCUGGAAUUAUAGGCCACUAUGUCUGACUUAACUUACUGCUUUUUGAUAUAUAGUAUUUGAAGGUAUAAGCAGUCUAUGGCCAAACCACCCUGAAUGUGCCCCAUCUUGUCUAAAGGUAUGUGCAGACUAUAAAUCAUGAAAUAAAUCAUUGAUUACUCAAAAAUGUGAACGAAGUGUUAUCAAUGGUUCAUUGUACACCUUUACAGCAAUGAUUCCAGUGAUUCUGGUGAUUCUGGCCUUGAAGCCAGGGUUCUGGUUAUUUAUGGCAGAAAAAGACCAAACAAGCAAACAGGCAUCACUUUGCCUUCUCCUUGGGAGUGACCCAACUGCUGCCUGAGUCACAGCCACCCUUAUGACAUCAUGGGCCACCCCCCUCUGCUUCCUGCUCAUGCCAACGCUGGAGCAGCACAGACCUGAGGGGAUUUGAACCAUCUACACCCAAUCCAUGCGUGAACAAUGUCCCAAAAAGACCAGGAGCUUUCUGAAAAGGCCCAAGCUGUAAAGAUCCAAGCUUGGUGGCGCGGCACCCUGGUACGUCGGGGGCUGUUGCACGCGGCCCUCAGAGCCUGGAUCAUUCAAUGCUGGUGGCGGCUGAUACUGACAAGGAUUAUGGAGAAGAGGCGGCAGUCUGUGCUGGACACCUUCCAACAGGAGCAGUGGGCAGUCGUCAGGUUGCAGGCCUGGAUCCGCAUGUGGCGCAUCCGCAGGCGGUACUGCCGGUUGCUCAAGGCUGUCCGGACCAUCCAGUCCUACUGGAGGUGCCAUGUUUGCUCUUCACGGGGUGUCAUCAAGGGCCAAUACCGAAUUUCGGCCAGCCAGAUGCAUCUUGAGCUGGAGGUCUUGCUGGAUUCAGGGCCUUGUAUUGUGACCGAAUGUAUUCCCCUCCCAAUAAAGCAAUGAGGUGGUA